AGCUUUUGUUUUCUGUUCUAGCAGGGGACAGUUUUCUUGUAUUUUUUGACCAGCCCUAAGAACAGCUAGGAGGUGGAGGUUGCCUUGGCUACUUAUAUUUCAAAAAAGUAUAAUUGUCGACGUCGAGGGUUUUUUUGACACAACUUCAAACGACAUAUUAUUCUAGUUUAAGUCUAAGAAUCAAAUUUUCACGACGCUCCCACAGUUGCUAGCACGAUCUCGUCACGCUUGCUCUCUGCUAGCGCUGCGUAUUGUGGGGCCCGACCCCGUGGAAUUGAAGGGCAGUUGUCAACAACUUCAUCGGAGCUAGAACGCCUGCUUCCUCGACCGCAGACGCAGUCCGGAUCAUGCACAAAUUUGGCGGCAAGUCGCUCUUUGGUGGGGGUACAGCCGGCGGGGCUACAUCGAGCAAACCCGGCAAGCCAGGCGGUGUAGCGGCAAAGGCCACACCUUCUGCCAGCGGCGGCAGCAGCCUCUUCGGUGGUCUCGCGCAAGGUAGAAGUUUUUGUCCUUCUUGUCUUGCUUUACAUUUUUAUUGAAAAGAAUCAAAAUCAAUCGCGCCGCCCCAGUAAGUAGGAAAAAAAAUGGAUUUCUAUUACGACAUCAUGGCACAACAAAUAAACUCUUACAGCGACUUCCGCCGGCCCGCAGCCCAUCAGCAGCAUUUUCAACAAGUAUAAACAAGGCCUGCCCAAGCCGGCGCCCGGCGCACCAAGUUACUCGCCAAGCUCGAAGCGGCAAAAGGCUGGACUAGCGGGCAACCCAAAGCCGGUGAAUCACAACGCAGCUGCGGCCACUGGUGCGGGACCCGGUGGUGCGGUCAAGAACACGGCCAACGCUGGAGGCACGGGUCCGGGGAGCAAACAAGGAGCGCUCCCGGCAGUGGCCGCUGGCCAAGGAGCAGGUAGUAAAGAAAGAAGUGCCUUGCAUAACUAGUUUCGAGUGAGAAUGUCGUUGACCACACGACCUACGAAAUUAGCUGUAGGGAUAGUCAGUCCUAUCAGUCUCUUUAAAGUAUACAUGCUCGAAGGAACAGACUAGAUUGGCGGUAUGUGGAUGAGAUGCACGUCAAACUCAAAGUAAAACUUCUCUCUGUUUCGAACAAAUCAGGCGGGUCUGCUUCUAGCAGCUCCUCAGCCGCCGCUACUUCGAGCAACGCAGCCGCCGGCGCCGGCGGACAGCCAGCGCCGUCCUCUGGGUCGGGUACGAAAACUUUUAAAAAGCAGUCGUCGCCUGCCGCCUCCCGUAGCGUUGGCUUGAUCCAGGAUGACGACUAUGUCAUAACCCCGAUCGACCGCAUCGAGGAGGGGAUCGAGCAGGACCAGGACGCGGCCUACUGCCUCGAGGACCUGGACGUGGGGAAGCCCUUGGGCAAGGUAUGCAUUGCAAAAGUAUCGAUACUAAGUGGUGCGAUACAAAUUUGCUCAGCAUAAGUAAUGGAAUUUGUGAUGCGGAUUUGCCAGAAGAAAAACAAAAAGAUCUGCAAUGCAUAAUUUCGAUUACUACGAGUGCGAUGCUUUUGCAGUGCAUACAAGGGAAAAUUCGGCAACAUCUACCUCGCGCGGGACCGAAUUUCCGACUACGUCUUCGCGCUGAAGAUUCUGAGCAAGAUAUUGAGAGAAAAAAUCCCCCCUCCCCAUAGUACUGAAAAGGUAUACUUUUGGAAAUUUGUCAUGCUGAUUUGUGGUCACAAAUCGUGCCUGUCUUGCAAGAAAGCAACUCCGCAGGCUGCGCCGCAGUAUGCAGGCGGUUUGUCAUGCUGUUGGGCCUACAGCGCGGACGUUUAUCAUGCUAAGCGCCUAGGCCAAAACCUCUCUACUCACGCUUGGCGUGGGCCUGCAGUGCUCUCCAGCAAGACGGCUCGGAUGUGUGGCCACAAAUCAGCAUCACAAACUUCCGCUUUGAUGUGGGGAGGGGGGAUUUUUCAUUUUGAUACAAGAAGCAGCUGCAGAAACACCGCGUCGAGCACCAGUUGAUCCGCGAAAUCGAGAUUCAGUGCCACCUGCGACACCCAAACAUCCUCCGUCUGCACAACUAUUUUUGGGACGACACCCGAAUCUACCUCAUGCUCGAAAUCGCACCGGGGGGAGAGCUGUAGAUAAAGGAUACUGAGUGUUCUAUACGGAUUUCUACUUUGUGAUUUUUGUGGUCCAAGGUGGAUGAAUCAUCAACAUGUGAAAGUAAAACUUCACGUCGAAAGACAAAGACGCGAAAAUGAAUAUGAAUAUGUUGUUGAGUUUGAAUCCCUAGGAAGGAGCCUCGCAGUGAAUUCCAUUUUUUUUUUUUCCACGAUACCCUUAGGUACGCCGUCCUGAAAGCGAAGCACUACUUCAGUGAGUACCGGGCCGCUUGGUACCUGUCCCAGAUGGUGGACGCGUUUCGGUACCUGCACCGGAAACACGUCGUGCACCGCGACAUCAAGCCGGAAAACAUUCUCUUGGGCACCAACGACACCCUGAAGAUCGCCGACUUUGGGUGGUCGGUGCACGCGCCUUCGUUGAAGCGCACGACCUUCUGCGGGACGCUCGAUUACCUCGCGCCAGAAGUGGUCGAGCCGAACAUGCCCGCGGCGCAACUGGCGAAGAGUACCAUGGCGGACGUGUGGGGAUUAGGGGUGCUGUUGUACGAGUUUGUGGUCGGCUAUGAUCCACAAAAAAAGUAGACCCAUGAUUGAUCCCCAUCCAAUUUGUGAUGUUGUACUAAAACAUGCAUCAAUUUCAAUUGUCGCGUGUUUCUCAUGCAAAGAAUGGAAGAGGAAGAUGGGUUUAUUUUUCUGGGGAUAUCGGCCGCGCGCCCUUCGAAGGCGGCGACACCAUGACGACUUACAAGAAGAUUCGGGUGGAAAAACCCUAUUUCCCCGACCACCUCUCGCCCGACUGCAAGUAUGCAAUGCAAGGUUACCGUACUAGAAAGUACAAAUUGGAAUACAAACUUUAUUCCAAGAUGAACCGUCGGAGUUUCAGUUUGUAAUGCUAAGCCAGGUAAAAUACUAGUUUACUAGAUCUGUCAUGCACUGGAAGUUCAAGUUGCAACUACUGCAACUGCAGCGAGUUGUACGGUACUUUUGCAAUCUAUAGCAAGGACUUGAUUACGAAAAUGCUGCGGAAAAAACCGACGGAGCGGAUUCAACUGGAAGAAGUGCAGCGGCACCCCUUCUGCGCGCAAGCGUUAGAGGACGGCGGGAAAUUCUGCAAGGAACGCUACGGCGGGAUGGUUGGGAAUAUAGCGUAA